AUGGCGGACCUCGGCGGUAUCAUGGUGGCCUUGAUCACCCCAUUUACCGACGACAAGACCAAGAUCGACGAGUCGCGUCUGCAAGCACACAUCGAGCACCUCAUCAAGGCAGGCGUGCACGGCCUCGUUCCCGGUGGCAGCACGGGCGAGUUCACUACCAUGUCCACAGCCGAGCGUAAGCAGCUCACAGAGUUGUGCGUGAAAUUCGCCGCCGGCCGUAUCCCUGUCGUUGCGGGCACAGGUAGCACCUCAUCCGCCGAGGCUGUUGAGCUCUCCGUCCACGCCGCGCAGGUCGGCGCCGCGGCCGUCAUGGUCGUUCCUCCAUUCUACGAUCCCGUCAAUCUCGAGCAGCUGCAUGAGAUUAUGUCUGAGAUUCACACUGAGUCGAAGCUGCCUAUUAUGUUCUAUAACAUUCCCUCCGCGACGGGAUUGACCCUCUCACCCACCGAGAUCGCAGGCCUGUCUAAGGUCGGCGUGAAAUACCUUAAGGAUACUUCUGGGAACGCGCCUGCUCUGACGGAGUUGAUUUUCGGUCUGUCAGAUCAGAUCACUGCCUUCAAUGGCUGGGAUACAUUGACUUUCUACGGUCUUGCUGCUGGUGCCCCCGGUGGAGUGUGGGGUGCGGCUAACAUUAUUCCUGAGCUCGCGGUUGAGUUGUGGGAUGCUGUCAGUGUCAAGGGAGACUUGAAGCGCGGUCGGGAGUUGUGGGCUCAAGCGUGGCCUGUUUGCAAGUUCUUAGAGUCGCAUAAUUAUGCUGCGGCUGUCAAGACUGGUGUCGAAUUGACUGGGCAGGCUACCGGUGGCUUGCGGAAACCGUUUGCUUUGCUUAACCCGGAGUUGACAGCGGAGCUGAAGCAGCUGUUGGAGAAUGCGGGUGUUAAGACUGUUUAG